AUGAGGGCUACAUUCAUUUCAUACUUGUCGGUCCUUCUCGGCCUUACCUUGGCGCAAUCCCCAGCAGCACCGGUUGUCGAUGUGGACUACGCACUAUAUCAGGGCUACUACGACGAAUAUUACGAUCCGAACACCUUCAAAGGGAUUCGCUAUGCUGCUGCGCCCGUCGGCGAGUUACAGUGGCAACUCCCCCAAGACCCGCCAGUGAACCGAAGCGAGAUCAUUCCCGCAGUUGAAGAUGGAUAUCAGUGCCCCCAAUCCACGAACCAGGUCUUACCCGCCGUUACCGGCGUUUCGAACGAGGACUGUCUCUCACUCAGUGUGCUUGCGCCCGUCAAUGCCACAGGCCUGCCCGUGCUCGUAUGGAUCCAUGGCGGAGGUUAUGGAAUCGGUAGCGCUCCCCAGUAUCCCCUACCGGAGCUCGUGAGGACCAACGGGAACGCAUUCAUCGUCGUGUCGAUCCAAUAUCGGCUCGGUGCCUUCGGUUUCCUUUCAUCAACUGAAGUUGCGAGAUCGGGCGUUCUCAAUGCGGGUAUUCACGACAUGAUAUUCGCCCUGAAAUGGGUGCAGAGUUACAUCGACCGCUUUGGUGGCGACAAAAACAGUGUGACCAUUUCGGGCAUCAGUGCUGGCGCAGGAGCUUCUAUGUUGUUGGCCAUGAGAGACGGCGGCCACCCUUCCGAGUCGUUGUUUGAGGGCAAAAUUGCAUCGAGCCCCUUUCUUCCAACGCAAUGGAGAUACGACGGCAGUGCGCCGACAGAGGCCUACAACCGCUUCGCUGAGGCUGCUGGCUGUUCCACGGCCGAUGUCGCCACCAAUGGGACUGUUUUCGAUUGCUUGGUAGCCACCGAUUCCAGCGUCCUCCAGAACGCGAGUGACUACGUGAGUCGGACCGGCAUUGUCGGCCAGUGGGCCUUCAACCCAGUCACGGACGGCACCCUGAUCCGAGAGGCACCAACGCAACAACUUCCCAACGGCGGGGAUAUAGCAGGCACCCGGCUGCUGACCUCGAACGACAUGAACGAAGGACCGCUGUUCGUCCAACUCCACGGAAUCACCUCCCGCAGCGACUUCAUCGCAUGGCUCCAGGACAUCUACCCGCUCCUCAGCGAGCAGAAUGUGACCAAGGUACUCGACUUUUACGACGUGCCUGACGACGUAUCUGGUACGCUGCAAAGAUCCAACGGGCGGACCCCGCCCUUCUCGACGACAACAUCUCAGUUCGCCGCUGGCUGGCAGCAAGCGGCGUUCAACCUGUACGCCGAGACCACGAUCGUGUGCCCCAGCUACUGGAUGGCAGAAGCGUGGGCUGCCAAGCGCGACUCCAAGGCGUGGAAGUACCAGUUCUCGGUGUCGCCAGGUCUGCACGGCACCGACAGCGACCCGCUGCUGAGCCCGCACGACAUCACUGGCACCGGGAUGAACGAUGUAUUCCGGACGGCCGUUCAGCGGGUCUGGGGCAACUUUGGGAUGAACGGGGACCCUACUCUGGGAGUGGAUGAAGUCGCUGAUAAUGACCAGGGCAAUACGACGGCGGCGGGGACGGGCGCAUGGCCGACGUGGAAGGGCAGCGCUCGCGGGAACUCGAUGCUGAAUCUGAACAUGACGGGCGGCGUUCCCGUCUUGAAUGCUGCGCCCUGCCCCGGUGUAGACUUGGCGCCUAUCUCCUACGUGCCGGGCAACGGCUCGGCGCCUCCGUUGAAAGCGCUGUUCGAGAUUGUUGAUGCCUCGACGUGGGAGGAUCGUCGGGAGGAUCGGUGCAGGCUCUGGGCUGAAAUGGGCUCCUGGAUCAACGAGUGA